CAGCCUCUCUCUUUUCUCUGGUCAAUGUAAUCGAAUAGAUUUCUAGUAAACUUGAGAAAUAUGUCAAAUUGGCGAUCGAGUCACAGCAACGGUGCAGACCGAAGGGAUAUGUAUAAAAAUAACAAAGAGGAAAGACGUGAGAGGAGUAACGAUUCUCACAGAGAUAGAUCGCUGAGGGAAAGGAGUAGAGACAGAGAUCACAGAGGUGGUAGACGCGAGCACUCCAGAAGAGACGAUGAGAAGCAGAAUGGGAAGAAAAAAUAUGAAAGAUCGCCAGGAAGAAGAGAAAAUAGUCAUUCUAGACACAGAGAACGCAAUGAUAGGAGUAGAAGUAGAGACAGAAGGGAUGAUACUGGAAGAAGACGCAAUGAUCAACAUAAACAAAAGAGGAGCUCGGAGGACGUAAAAGUCAAGACAGAAGCUUCUGUUGAGUGGGGAAAAUCGAACAUAAAGACUGAAAAAGAAAAGCCCAAUUUUGAAGUAUCGGGAAAAUUAACAGAGGAUACGAAUACUGUUAAUGGAGUAGUUAUUAAAUAUUCUGAACCGCAAGAUGCCAAGAAACCUAAGCGCAGAUGGAGAUUGUAUCCUUUCAAAGGCGAGAAAGCAUUGCCUACAUUAUAUAUCCAUCGACAGUCAGCUUAUCUUAUGGGUAGAGAUCGUAAAGUAGCAGAUAUACCUUUAGAUCAUCCCUCGUGUUCUAAGCAACAUGCUGCUCUGCAAUAUCGUUUAGUUUCCUACCAAAAAGAAGGAGGUAUUGAAGGUAGGAGAAUACGACCGUAUAUUAUUGACUUAGAAUCAGCAAAUGGAACAUUUAUAAAUAAUGUAAAAUUAGAACCAAGAAAAUAUCAUGAAUUGUUAGAAAAGGAUGUAAUAAGAUUUGGCUUCAGUACAAGAGACUAUGUCUUAUUGCAUGAACACAGUAAGGAUGAUUCUUUGGAUGAUGAUGUACCUCUUACAAAUGAAACUUAGGAUUUAAUUUUAACAGAGAAAAACAUCUAAUGAAUAUAUGUAUAUGGAGACUGAUACAUAAAUCAAAUUGAUACAUCUGAAGAAUCAAGAGGACAGGAUAUAUCUGAGAGAUAUAUAUGAGAGAUAUAUAUCUGAGAUAUGAGAGGAAAGUUUCAAUAUGUGUAUAGAUACAAAGCCCUGAGCUUUUGGACCUUUGAAAAGACCCUUUUAUGCGUAUUAAAUGUUAUAUACUUUGAAGGGAUGUAAGAUAACAGCUCUCGAAAGUUCCUGAAAAAUAUAUUGAAAAUCCAAAACUUGAUGAUUCACUACGAUCAACGAUUUAUGAUCCAUUCACUCUGACAGCAUCCGCACUUAUAUUUGUAUACGUUACAAUGUUGUUGCCUUCCUCAACUACUGGCGUUUGUCGCAGUAGAUU